AUGUUAACAAGGUUUCGACUGUAUAGGUUUGGCAUUUCGGCUGAUAUACGGAAGGCCUUCUUACAAAUAAGUCUAUAUAAGGAGGAUCGAAAUUUCCUGCGAUUUUUGUGGCACAGUGAAGAAGGAGAACUCAUACAUUACCGACAUUGCCGAGUGGUGUUUGGUGUUUCCAGCAGCCUUUUCUUGCUUGGGUCAACAAUCCAAUACCACUUGGAGAGAAAGUUGGAAGAAGCGCAGCAAGGCCGUGGAAGAUACCCUGAGUGCAUUAUUCAAAAGUUGAUGAACAGCUUUUACGUGGACAAUUGUUUAGCAAGCGUCAAAACCCAGUCGGAGCUAGAACGAUUUAUUGAUGUAGCCACGGAGAUCAUGGUUGAAAGAAAAUUCGACUUACGAGGGUGGGAGCACUCUAGCCCAUCUGAUCCAAUAACAAGUCCUACAAUCAUCCUGGGAACGAUUUGGGACAGACAUUGUGAUACUCUUUCAAUAAAUAUUCCGGAUUUGAGAGAACUAAUGGAAGAGGUUAUCACGAAAAGAAAUAUUCUUGCUGCUUCCCACAAAGUGUUUGAUCCCUUGGGGAUUACUAGUCCAGUGUUGCUACUACCAAAACUCUGGCUACAAAAUUUGUGGAAAUCUAAAAUCGGUUGGGAUGAAGAAGUAGAUCUAAAAACACGUCAAGAUUUUCUGAAGUGGCUAAUGGAGCUGGAAUAUUUGAAGCAUGUUAGAGUACCAAGAUGGUUACACUGUGAUAGCGGAUUUGAGAAUAUUUCAUUGCAUUUUUUUUGCGACGCGAGCAAACUAGCCUAUUCUGCGGUUGUUUUCCUACGAGUUGAUAGUGGAAACUCUGUACACAUACAACUGGUGCAGAGUAAAACUAGAAUUGCACCUUGUGGAAAAAAGGAAACAACUAUUUCAAGGCUGGAACUUCUUGGUGCUGCUAUAUCUGCUCGUCUUUCUUCCACUUUGAAGAGAGAAGAACCGUGGGGUGUAUUUGUUUACAACCGUGUUCAAGAAAUUCGAAAGCUGACACCAGUCAAAGCCUGGAGACACGUUCCUGGAUCACUGAAUCCAGCGGACUGUCCGAGUAGAGGGUGUUCAGCGAAGCAGCUUUGCAGUUCGAAAUGGUGGGAAGGUCCCAGUUGGUUGUACCUUUCGUCUCAUGAAUGGCCUGUUAGUGAUGUUGUAGUAGAUGUCAAUGAGGAAGAAGUCAAUAAAGAGAGAAGAGCUAUCGUGACCUCUCUGGUGAAUAUUCAAACAACCGAUAUAAAGAAUGAAUAUUUUUCCACCUAUAGUAGAAACAUCAUAGUGGCAUGGAUUCUACGUUUUAUUCAUAACGUUUCAAAUGCAACUAAGCUAAAAGGAAACUUAGUCUAUGAAGAAUUCAGACAAGCAGAGAUUUUGUGUUUCAAGUCCAUGCAGUCAAAUGCCUUUCAAGAUGAGAAACUUCUUGCUAAAAUGCAAGCAUUUAAAGAUGAAGAUGGGCUUCUGAGAAUAAGAACCAAAUUAGCAGACAGUUAUGAGAAGGAAGAUUUCAAGUUUCCAAUUCUCUUACCUGCCAAUGAUGUUGUAAUAAAAUUAAUUCGAGAGGAGCAUAUAAAAGCUAUGCAUGCAGGCUCUUCAAUAUUACUCGCCCGACUUAGAGAGAAAUUUUGGAUAAUUAGAGCCAAAAGCUUAGUUAAGCAGGUUCUUUCUGAGUGUGUGAUUUGCAAGCGUUAUAAAGCUAAACAUCUUGAAGUGCCCUUCGCUCCACUGCCUAAAGAUAGAGUUACUCAGACAAAGGUAUUUGAAGUAACAGGUGUAGAAGCAGUGCAUUUUGAAUUAGUCCGAUCACUCACUACUGAUACUUUUAUUCAAGCCUUAAGACGGUUCAUUGCAAGAAGAGGCAGGAUUUCAGUACUUUACAGUGACAACGGUACUAAUUUCGUAGGGACAAAUAAUGCGUUGCGAGCAUUAGAUUGGGAUAAAAUUUCUGUGUACUCAACUGCUCAGAAAAUCACUUGGAAAUUUAUCCCACCCACAGCAGCCUGGUGGGGUGGAUGGUGGGAGCGUAUUGUGAGAAUGCUCAAAGAGCUUUUACGUCGAGUGUUAGGAAAAUCUAUUAUAAAUUAUGAAGAACUCCUAACCAUCUUAUGUGACUGUGAGUCCAUAAUCAAUGCUAGACAGUUGACAUACAUACAAGAUGAUCCAAAUGAAUUGCUACCUUUGACCCCAUCAAUGUUUAUUCACGGAAACAGCAACUAUGAAACGCCAGAUUUAGAUAAAGUAGAUCGAUCUUCGUUGGUAAAGCGCACCAAAUAUUUGCAGAAGUUGCGUGAAGAUCUUAGACAAAGAUUUAGAAAUGAAUAUUUUGCUCUUCUGGUCCACAGAGGGACAAGGAAAAGUGACGUUUUAGAAGUGGGCGAUGUUGUACUGAUUGGUCAUGACAAUAUUCGACGCAUUGACUGGCCUCUUGGUGUUAUCUUGGAGGUUUAUCCUGGCAAAGAUGGUGUCCCUAGAGUAGCGAGAAUUAGAACCUCCCAUGGUGAGAGGAUCCGUCCCUUUCAAAGGCUUUAUCCAUUGGAAGUGUCAGCAAAAACUGAAAUUGAUGUUUUGAAGGCCUCAGGGAAAAGUGGCUUAUCUGUUGAGAAAACUCCUGAUUUACCUACUGACCAUGUUCCUGAUUCACCUACUGAUCAUGUUCCUGAUUCACCUGUUGAAAGGACUGAUAUUUCUGAGGAGAUACACCAUACCAAAACCAGAUUAGGAAGGACCAUAAAAGUUCCUUGUAAAUUGGACUUGUGA